GAAACCAUUGGUUGGACGUUCGUGUUGUAAGUCACUGCCUAGUUAACUUAAAGAGGUUUCAUUGUUGUUUUUUUUUUUUUCUGCUACUCAUUUUGUAACCUAGAAGGUUUAUGAACUGAACUAUAGCCAAGCACUAAGAGAGCGAUAGACAAUAUACAUGCUAUUUUGUAUGUAUAGAAUUUAACAAAAUGUUGUCAGUUUUAAUCAAAAUGCAACAAUUUAAGUAAUGGCAUAUCCGUCGGAUACUAGCCUAAACUACGUGACCCAAACCGUGAACCCAACACGGCCAGUAAUAAUGGGUCCGGCUGCUAACCCAAGUCAGUCGGACGUGGAAGUUAUGCGGCAGUACAUUGAGUCUCUACCACAGGACUUGAGUUAUCGUGAGGAACUGAUGAGUACUCAGUUAUGGAAGUCAGUGAAAGGUGAGCUUCUGGGGACAUUACUGUUGACUGUGGUGGGCUGUGGGGCUAGUCUAUCUUUCCAGCCAGGCUCGGCUGCUUCGCAUGCUGUCACGCUUCAAGUGUCUCUGGCAUUCGGACUGGUCAUCGCUUCACUUGUCCAGUGGACAGGGCCUGUCAGCGGAGCUCAUAUGAACCCUUCGGUAUCUUUAGCCUUACUAGUGACCCGCCACAUCAGCAUGUUGCGUGCAGGUCUUUACAUAGUGGCCCAGUGUGUUGGAGCUCUAGUUGGAGCCGCUGUAUUGUACGGUCUCACACCGUCAGAGCAACGGGGUUUAGUAAGCCUUGGAGCGUGCGAGCCAUCUGAACAUCUCCACCCAAGUCAAGCCUUCGGGUUAGAGUUUCUUGGGACCCUAGUAGUCAUAUUGACCAUCUUGUCUAACGCUGACCCAGCCAGAACAAACUCCGGAUCCAAGGCAUUGUCCGUAGGAUUAUCUUACACCGCUGCCCAUUUGUUGGCAUUUCCUUAUACUGGUGCAGGACUUAAUCCAGCUCGUGCUUUUGGACCUGCUGUUGUGGCCGGUAGAUGGCGUCUUCAUUGGGUAUACUGGGUAGGCCCGAUCCUGGGCGGUAUCAUUGGUGGCUUGACAUACGAGUACAGUCAAGUAACAUCACAAUCCACUCAACAACUGAAGCGUUCUUUCCGCCGGAAGUCAGCCAGGGAAAUGAUGCGUGAUCACAGCGCCCUCAGUAACAAUGAAACAGUGUUCACGGCUUUAUCCAACGACUGUCGAGAAUGAUUGAUGACGGAGACUUGUGAGGUGGGAAAGGAGAAGACGAGUAGAGAUAAAUUGAAUAACCCUAAGUUAGAAGAGUUAUGAACAUCACCUUUAAAAUUUCAAAGUCAAAUCUGAAAUAUAAGAGAAAUUUUGGUUAUUAAACGACUCAUAGUUACCGUAUAAGUCACAUAUAUUACAAAGAAAAUAAAGUUGCAAAAUGUUAUGACAUAAGAGACUGCAAAAUUGUUUGAAAAUUAGGGUUAAUAUUGCUGUAGACUUAUUAAACAUAAUUGAUUACCGUUUUGUUUUUACUCGGUAUGUUUGAAAUUAGGAAUCAAAAACACAACGGCAAAGUGGAACACACUACAAUCAUGUUAUUCUUACUAUAAUGUCUGCAAAUAUUAAAAGAGGUACAACAGUCCUCGAGCUUUUGUGGCUUCUUCAUCAAAAUAAUAAUUUGAUGCCAUCAUAUAUAAUAUCAUGUUUUUACUGUACAGAUUAAUCACAGAUUUAAUUAAUAGACUUAACGUUUUAAAUAUAUAUAUAUAUAUAUUAGAGCAUAAUUCUGUAAUGUCUGCGAUUUUAA